AUGGGUGGCCAACCUUCUGGCGCGCGCUUGGGAACGGGCCAAGAUCAAAGCCAAUCUCAGGAGGACCGAUCAGACUUUGUCCUGGAGGUCGUCAACCAGACUGGGAUGAAGUUGUACAGAUCUCACGUGGACCCGGGAGAGAUUGCAGAUUCGCUGCCCGAGGUCCUGACCUCAAGGCAAACUCUGACCGUUCAAGAUGUUGGGCAGCCGGAGGUUUACAUCAACUACAUCAGCUGCAAACCUCGUCAGCCAGACCAGGCCGGCAUGUCACGAAUACGUCGGCCAACUGAGAUUCCCGAAGCUCUGCCUGUUAUCCUGACGGUGUAUGCUGCAGUUGUUGAUGGCGGGCUGCGAGCUUCCAUAUUUGGGGGGGCUCACCGGCUGGAGAUGGCUGCCAUGUUCGAUCGCCUUCCGGAGCACGGCGACAACUUACGGAAGUUGGCUUGUCGACAGGGAAGCUUGGGCGUUUGCUCCUGGAAGCAAAGCCUGGCACCGAGAAGUGCAGUGCUCACUGUCACACAACCACCGACGAGCAUUUCGCAGCAACGAGCAGCUAUGCUGGAUGCACUGCAAAGCAGCAUCCCCAUAGCCGCGAAGCUGCGGGACCAAAGUUCUCCUACAAAAGAUGACGCGAAGGAAGAAAGGUGUGAAGCUGUAUUGGCACGGCCAGCGCCGACAGAUGUAGCAAGCGCGGAACCUGACCCGCCAUCGUCGCAACCUGUCAGCGCACCUUCAUCGUGCCGUUCUUCUUCAAAGAGCCAAGCUGAAGAGAUGCAGGAGACUGCAGUCAUGCAGAUGGCCCAAGUUGAGGAAGCUCCCAGAUUCGACAGUGAGCUCUGUGCAAAUUCUGCCCCGAGCUGCCCGCCGGCCCCGACAGUUGAUGUCCCGUCCGGCAACUCCCCUUCCCGCGGGUUUGAGCGUGAAUCUCAGACCGGUCACGUCGAUCAAGAGCCUUGCAAUCCGUGCCCGACGCCGAUCAAGAAGGAUGCUCCUGGUCGAUCCCGCUCUGGCGCAUUGGCCUUACAAGUGCAAAAGGCCUUGAAAGAACGACAGGAAAAAGAGGAAGCCCAACGCAAGUGCGAAGAGGAGGAAGCUCUUAUGAAGGCCAACUGCUCGGCUGUCAUAGCUUCCCAAGACAUUGAGUAUCAGAGGAGUCUUUUGCAUGACCAAGUCCGGGACCUGCGGAAGGAGCAUUCAAAGCUGCAAGACCUUGAGAGAUCAUUGUCAUCAGCUUUGGACGACAGCCGGCAGCGUCGGCAAAGUGCAGAGACACGGCUCUCCAGGUAUGGCGAGAAUCCGCGGAUCCGCGCGGAAGCUGAGAAAGCUACAGAGGAAGAAAGCGCGUUGCUUCCGGAAUUGACAGAUGUGUCUCGGCGGUUGGUGCACCUCAAGGAGACACUGGAGGAAAAAGAGGAGCUGUUGUGUAUGGCCGCGCUCGCUGAUGCCCCGGCCCAAGUGAGAUUGUCAUCUGCACGGCUGCUUGGUAUCGACAACGAACUUGGAGCAGCAGCCGCUUCAAUCUUGUCGGCUUAUCAUUCUGAAGAGGAUCCGCCACUUCCAGGGGGGGAGGACAGCAUGCGGGGACGGAAAGUUGUUGAGAAGGCACAGGUUGCCACUGAAGUGUAUGGCGUAGACGAUCCGGCACCGAGCGUCGAGCCGCCAUCUUCUGGUUUUGCUCUGUCCGACCAGGAACAGAAAGCCCCUGAUGAAGAGUGUCCCGUGCCGAGGGCAUGUCAUUUGCACCGUCGCCCUCGACAAGGUUGCAAGCGUUGCGCUGCAUUUCGAGAGCCUUCGGCCACAACAGGCAUCUCCGGCCUCAGCUUUGCUGCCCCCAACGAGGAGCACAGAUCUCCUGAUAAAGGCUUCGUGUUGGAAGGCUUCGGCCAGAAAUUGCAAUUCCAAGUGCUACAGUCUACCUACUACCGCUGUGCACUGCUCUCUGUCAACAAUGUUGAUGCCCUGAUGGAUGAACUGCACAAUCACGCAGAUCACGCUGAGCCCUACACGCCCUUGUCGCACAGUGAUCCAUCUACCCUCUUCUGUUGUGUGUACCGGUUGGCUCAGCUACAGCCUUCCAAACAACAGGUCCGGCAGCUUGUGGGCUUCAAGGGGUCAGCGAUGGUGCGUGCCGCUGGUAUGCUGUACAUUCGGUUCAGCUGGCCGCCUGGAGAUGUCUGGACUUGGCUUCGGCGGUUCCUCUUCGACACUGAAAGCUUCAGGCCUGGCAGCAAUCCUUCAUCAGCACCGAUUGCUAUGGGAGACUGGGUCGAAAGCCUUCUGCGGUAUGAAAAGUACUACAACAUUGUGCUCCCGCGAUUGCCGGUGAGCCUCAAGCGAGACAUGGCCAUGGAACUCGUGCAGCUGCCAGAGCUGCGCCAGGCUCUCGCCCAGAACCGGUGUCACUUUGAUCACCGACAUGCUGGAAUGCCGGUUGAUGUUCUUCAUGGCACGACUUGGUGCAGUGGGCAAGUCGUCGCCACCAGUAGUGUUGGACGAUCUCUUCUCGUGAAUGUGCAGCUUGACGAUGGCUCCGUAGAAGAGGUUCCCUGCGGCUUACUUCGUCCAACUCAGUUUACCAGGAAACGGUCCAGGUCCUUUUCAUCUUCGCAGAGUGCAGACAAGCUUUGUGAGGAGUACCUGCGGCGCGAUCGUGCGAAAGCGGUCACUGAUGAUAAGAACGACUACUUCAAGCCCAUUCCAAAAUUUAAGAAGAUGCUGAUGACGAAAGACAAGUGCUUGAGACAUUCAGCUCCUGACCAUAUGGACUCGGCAGUGGUGACGCGUGUUAACAACAAGCAGGAGGACAUGGCGCCACAAGUACCCGUGGAUCACGCAGUGCCUGAGGAGAGACGUACACUGCUAAUGCAGGUUGUGCGGAAGUACACAUCUGGAAGCUCUUCAAGGUCACUGCUUCCGCGGCAGGACCGCUUCGAAUAUCACGAAUGGGAUUCGGGCGCGAAUGCCCGCGCGGAAGUGUUGGUCCCGGAGACCCUGAGGCUAGGAUGUUGCGCAGAUGUGAAUUCUUGGUUAGCAUGCCUGGCGAUCGCACGUGCCAUAUUGAGGGUCAAGCAGGCAAGGCCUGCUUUAAACGCUGCCUGUGAUCCAUGGAUUUCCAUGGGCCAGACGGUGCACACAGCUGUCACCGACAAAGAAAGUGGCAAUGGUCACUGUGACGUGAAACAGCUGUCGUGGGGCUUCAGUUGUAUGCAGGGUUGGCGCCUACGGAUGGAGGACUCGCACUUUGCCCUUCCACAGCUAGGUGGAAACUGGGCUGACACAGCUGCGUUUGCCGUGCUAGACGGUCAUGGAGGCCGUGAAGUUGCAUGUUUUUGCCAGCACCGGCUCCCUUCCACAAUCGCAAAGUAUCCGCCGACAGACCCUGAAGCUGCUUUGAGAAAGGCUUUCGAAGGCAUGGACGAGCUUCUGCGCAGACCCGAAGAGCGAAGCUUUCUUCAAUCCUUUACAGGAGCGACCCGAGGGGGGGACACUUUUGAGGAAGCUGGCCGUGUGGGUUGCACCGCAGUUGUCUGCUUGGUUCAGUCUGAGCGAUUGAUCGUGGCCAACGUGGGGGACAGCAGGGUGGUCUUAUCACGCGCGGGUUUUGCUGUGCCACUAUCGGAAGACCACAAGCCAAACCUUCCGGCCGAGCGAGAUCGAAUUCAGAGAGCUGGUGGUGUUGUGGAACGACAGCAGGUGAGAAAUGUCACCCAGUAUCGUGUAAAUGGAAACCUCAACCUCUCCAGAACUAUUGGGGAUUUGGAUUACAAGCGCAACUCCAAGCUUCCCAUGAGUGAACAGAUCAUAAGUUCAACCCCCGAUAUCACGUGUUUCGAGAGGACUGCGAAUGAUGAUUUCUUGUUGCUCGCUUGUGAUGGCAUAUGGGAGACGAUGAGCAGCCAGGAUGUAGUGGACUUUGUCAGCCAACGUUUGCAAAGCUCUCAGAGCCAUGCAGAGGCGCCACUUUCCCAGAUAACAGAAGAGCUUCUGGACUUCUGCUUCGCCCCAGAUUUGGCAAAGUCGGGAGGGGUAGGUGGCGACAACAUGACCGCGCUGCUUGUCUUGCUCGGGCCGAGGAGGCAGGGAAUGAUACCAAACGCUCAGUUCUCCAGGAAGUCAGACUUCUCGCCUACAAGCACUUCAUGGUGUUCAUGUCAUUAG